AUGGACGACGAGGAGGUCUUCGCCUGCGACGCGGGCAGCGACGACGCCGCCUUCGACGAGGCCGUCGGCGUCCUCGAGGAGAUCCUCGUCGGCGACGACCUCUCGCGGGCGCAGACGGCCUUCUGCCGGGCCCACGCCCACGUCUUCGAGGAGGGCGACGAGAACAAGCACGAGUACCUCGGCCUCUUCCAGGACUACGCGGCGCUCAUGGAGGCCGAGGUCGAGGCGCGGCUCCAGGCGAGCCUCGCGGGCUUCGACCUCCAACACUUCAUGGCGCAGCUCGCGGAGCGACGAGAGGAGAUCACGGGCGACGUCUUCGACCUGCUCCUGGGCCUCAGCGACUUCGCCGAGUUCAAGGAGAUGAUGCUCGCGUACAAGCGCGGCGAGUGCCUCGGCGCGCGCCUCGACAUCAACUUCGACGGCGACGCGGCGGAGCGCAAGUGCCACAAGUAG